AUGACGAUCGAUAAGAGUUGGAAAACUUUAACCAAUAAGUAUUCUAAACAGUAUUUAAUUGGUCUUAGGAGAUUCAUGGAAAGGUGUAAGAAUCAUACAAAUAGGCAAAAUAGGGCUCGAUGUCCGUGUAAUCAUUGUAAUAAUGGUCAUUGGUUUCCUCUUGGAACAAUAGAAAGUCACAUACAUACUCAUGCUUUUUCUACACGUUACAAAACGUGGAAGUAUCACGGUGAAUUAGUUGUUGAGUCACCAGUAGUUCCAGUCAUACCUCAAACGACAGACCCCAUGCAUGAUUUCAUCGCCGAUGUUCGUCAGGAGAACGUUCAUCAGGAGAAUGUCCCCCAAGAGGACAACUCUAACGAUGAGCCAAUGGACACAACAGAUGCACCUAGUACUUCACAUGCGCCUAAUGCUGCAAAUGAUGAACUUGCUGAACUACUGAAACUUGCAGACACCGACCUACACCAUGGUUAUGAAGGGAUGUUCGUGUUAGAUUUCUUGGCUAAACUGAGUAAUGUGAAGGCAGUUAAUAAAUGGACUGAUACGUCACUCGAUCAAUUGCUAGAAUUGCUUAAAGGUGCAUUUCCGCUUGCUAAACUCCCACCUUCAACCUAUGAAACCAAGAAGAUAAUGAAAAAGGUUGGGCUAGGAUACGAAUCGAUUCAUGUUUGUAAGAACGACUGUUGUUUAUUUUGGAAGGAAGAUAACCAAGAUCUGCAACAUUGUCCCGAAUGUAAAGCAAGUAGAUGGAAGGAUGCAAACACUAAGGGGAAGAAAGUUGCCAACAAAGUUAUGCAUUACUUUCCAUUAAUUCCCAGACUAAAGCGUAUUUAUAGCUCAAGAUACACUGCAAAAGAUAUGACAUGGCAUGCUACAGGACGUUGCACGGAAGAUGGUAAGCUACGUCACCCAGUGUAUGGUACAUCAUGGAAAGACUUCGAUUCAAUGUAUCCUGCUUUUGCUACUGAACCUCGAAAUGUUAGAUUAGGGUUAGCUGCCGACGGUUUUAAUCCAUUUGGCAACAUGAGUACUUCUUAUAGCAUGUGGCCGGUCAUAUUGACAAUAUACAAUAUGCCGCCUUGGUUAUGUAUGAAAGAGACUUCAUUCAUGUUGACAUUGUUGAUUCCCGGUCCUAAAUCACCUGGGACAGAUAUUGAUGUGUUUUUGAGGCCAUUGGUUGAUGAAUUGAAAACUCUUUGGUCGGACGAAGUCGUAACAAAAGACGCCGUCACUAACAGUUUCUUCACAAUGCGUGCAAUGCUUUUAUGGACCAUCAAUGAUUUCCUUGCUCGUAGUAGUUUGUCUGGUUGGAGUGGCCAAGGUUACAUGGCAUGCCCAACAUGUAAUAAAGACACUCCAUCUGAACCUGUCAUUGGAAAAAUUGCCUAUGUUGGUCAUAGGAAUUUUUCAGACAAUAAUCAUAAAUGGAGAAAGGACAAGUCAUUCAAUGGUAAGUGGGAGACUAGAGAUACUCCUGAAAGAAUAACCAACGAUCGAAUAUGGGAACAACUUAGUAAUUUGCCUUCUCGUAUUCCUGGUAAACUUGUUGGUAAGAAGAGAAAACGUGACCCAAAGGUUGAAUUUAAUAUGUCCAAACGCUCUAUUUUCUACGAGCUUGAAUAUUGGUCUUCUGUUCAACUAAAACAUAAUUUGGAUGUCAUACAUAUUGAAAAAAAUGUUUGCGAGAGUUUGUUGAAUGCGAUGAUGAUGCACAAGGAUAAAUCCAAAGACACCGAUAAGGCAAGAAUGGUGUUACAAAAAUAG